AUUUAAUAAGGAUUUAUUCAGCUUUUAAAAGGAUGUGAAGAUUAACCUGUUUGGAUCUUAUUUAAUCAGGAACAUUCCCUGGUGAUUAUGACAUGAAUCUUCGCUGGUUCUUAUAAAAUACCAGGCCACUAUUGCAAAGGUACUCAAUCUGUGCAAAAUCAAAAUGAGGAUACAUUUAUUUCUUCUCGUUUUAGUGGCUUGUGGAAUUAGUGCAAAAGGACAAAACACGAAUGGUGAAAAUGAAAACCAAAAUAAUCAAGAAGCUGGACGUGAACAAAAUGAAGGAGGUCAACAACAAAAUGUAAACAGAAAAGGCCAGCAGCAAAAUUUUAAUAAUGAAGAACAAGGGAGUGAAGGGCAAAAUGGUGAGCGAAACGGGGCGGAAAAUGCUGGCCAAAAUGGUGAGAACCGACGUCUAGGUCAACAAAAUGGUGAAGGUGGUCCUCCGAUUCAGCAAAAUGGUGAGCAAAAUGCUGGCCAAAAUGGUGAGAAUCGACGUCCAGUUCAACAAAAUGGUGAAGGUGGUCCUCCGAUUUGGCAAAACGGGGAGCAAAAUGCUGGCCAAAAUGGUGAAAAUCGACGCCUAGUUCAACAAAAUGGUGGAGGUCGCCCUCCGAUUUGGCAAAAUGGUGAACAAAAUGGAGGACAAUUUGAAUCUCAGCAGAACAACGGAAAUCGACCUCCAGUUUGGCAAAAUGGCGCACAAAACGAAAGACGGACUGAAUUUCAGCAGAACAGUGGAAAUCAACGUGUAGUUUGGCGAAAUGGGCAACGGAAUGCUGGGCAAUCUGAAUUUCAACAGAACGGGGGAAACCGACCUCCUGUUUGGCAAAAUGGAGGGCAAAAUAGAGGGCAAAUAGUAUUCCAGCAGAAUGGCGGAAAUCAACCUCCUGUAGCACAAAAUAGCGGAAAUCAAAAUCUUGGUUGGCAAAACGGCGAACGGCGUAUUAUUUUGCAGAAUGGGGGUCCACCUCCUGUUAGUCAAAAUGGUGGACAGCGUAUUAUUUGGCAUGAAGGGGGUCAACCUCCUGUUAGUCAAAAUGGUGGACAGCGUAUUAUUUGGAACAAUGGUGGGGAACAGGCUCCUAUUUUGCAAAACAAUGACGGCAACGUUAAAGAGAUCAUUAGAAAAUUGAUAUGGAUACCAGGAGGAAACAAUGGAGGAAACAAUGGAGGAAGCGGACAAAUUACCUUAUCACCGAUAGAACAACCAGGACAGAAUGAAGGUGAUCAAGUCAUAACAUUAUCACCUAUAGAACAGCCAGGAUGGAAUGAAGGAGAUCAAGUUAUAACAUUAUCUCCUAUAGAACAGACAGGAAGAAGAUGGGGAUGGAAUAAUGGUGGAGGUGCUAACAAUGGUGGUAAUAAUGGCAGAGGUAAUAAUAAUGGUGGAGGUGCCAACAAUGGAGGUAAUAAUGGCUGGGGUGGAGGUGCUAACAAUGGUGGUAAUAAUGGCAGAGGUAAUAAUAAUGGUGGAGGUGCCAACAAUGGAGGUAAUAAUGGCUGGGGUGGAGGUGCCAACAAUGGAGGUAAUAAUGGCUGGGGUGGACGUGCCAACAAUGGAGGUAAUAAUGGCGGUGGAAAUAAUAAUGGAGGUAACUCUGCAGCAGCAAGUUCAGCAGCAGCGUCAUCAAAUGGAAACGACGACUCUGCAGCAGCAAGUUCAGCAGCAGCGUCAUCAAAUGGAAACGAUAACUCUGCAGCAGCAAGUUCAGCAGCAGCGUCAUCAGAUAGAAACGGGAGAAAAAAUUCUGAAGCAGCCAGUAGCAGUGCAGCAGCAUCUGGAAACGAUGGUGGAGGAAAUAGGUGGGAUUGGAUUUUUCGAGGAUUAGGUAGAGGUGCCAACAAAGGAGGUGAUAACGGUGGAAACAAUGGUAAUGGUGGAGACGAUCGUAAUAAAGGUAAUAAUCAGGGAGGCAAGGAUAACGGAGGUAAUGAUGGUGGAAACAAUGAUAACGGAUAUAAUGGCGGUGGAAAGAAGGAUAACGGAGGUAAUGAUGGUGGAAACAAUGAUAACGGAGACAAUGGCGAUGGGAACAAAGAUAAUGGAGGUAAUAAGGAUGGCGGCAAUGGAAAUGGGGGAAAUGACAACGGAAAUAAUGGUAAAAAGGGAGGAAAUGGUGACAAUAAAGGAAGUACUGGUGCACCAGAUGAUAAUGAUUACUAUGAUUACUAUUUUGGCAAUUAUGGUGGAUAUGAUUAUGGAAAUAAUGACAAAGCUGCUGCAGCUUCAUCAGCAGCAUCUGAUGGAAAUGGCGGUUCAGCUGCAUCAUCAUCGGCAGCGGCAAGUAAUGGAAAUGGUAAAAAUGGUGAUUCAGCUGCAGCAUCAUCGGCAGCGGCAAGUGAUGGAAAUGGUGGCUCUGCUGCAUCCUCAUCAGCAGCGGCAAGUAAUAAUAAUGGUAAAUAUAAAUAUCUGUUCUCCUUACAUUUAAGAAAUUAAAAAUACUAAACAUUC